CGGUGCGCGCGCAGUCAUCGCCAUUUUGAGUUACAGCCGCACUUCGCUGGCUGAUGACUGUAAGGAGGCACGGUUUUUUCGUUUCUGAAAUAUUUCUGCGCAUUCAAAGCUAUACUUACUGGAUACAUAUUGUGAGGGAUUUACUUCGCUCUAAGUAUGGCUCACCGAAAUCUAAAACAGGUCAACAUUCAAAACAACGCACCGUCGCCGAAACCUCAGCAGCAGUACCGCCAGCAGCAGCAGCAGCAGCAGCAGCACACAAAGCGCAACAUGGACUCUCCAGGCAUGGAGCGAAGGCCGAAUGUUGCGGAUGGGAAAACCCCACCACCAAAGCCGCCGACGGCUGCCAGCCCUGCGGCAGAGGGGGAGGGUGGAGCCGGAGAGUCGCUGGAAAUGACGCUGGAUAUAAAGAGUUUCAGGAGACCCGGGGAGAAAACCUUCACGCAGCGAUGUAGGUUGUUCAUCGGUAACCUCCCGACAGACCUCACGGAGGAUGAUUUCAAAAAACUGUUUUCAAAGUAUGGCGAGGCUAACGAGGUGUUUAUCAACCGAGACCGAGGAUUCGGCUUCAUUCGACUGGAAACCAGGACGCUGGCGGAGAUUGCCAAGGCAGAGUUGGACGGCACAGUGCUGGGGAACCGACCUAUCCGGAUCCGCUUCGCCACGCACGGCUCUGCCCUCACAGUGCGGAACCUUUCCCCUGUGGUCUCRAACGAGCUCCUUGAGGAGGCCUUCUCGGAGUUCGGCCCAGUGGAAAGGGCUAUCGUUGUGGUGGACGACCGCGGAAGGCCCACUGGGAAGGGCUUCGUGGAGUUUGCCAACAAACCUUGUGCUCGUAAAGCCCUGGAUCGCUGUGCUGACGGGGCGCUGCUGCUCACCACGUCUCCUCGGCCUGCCAUAGUGGAACCCACCGAGCAGCUGGAUGAAGAGGAUGGACUCCCAGAGAAGUUGCUGGUGAAAUCUGUACACUACCACAAGGAGAGGGAGCACCCCCCGCGGUUUGCCCAGCCGGGGACAUUUGAGUUUGAGUACUCGUCCCGCUGGAAGGCCCUGGACGAGAUGGAAAAGCAGCAGAGAGACCAGGUUGAGCGCAACAUCCGAGAGGCCAAGGAGAAGCUGGAGCAAGAGAUGGAGGCCGCCAAGCACGAGCAUCAGCUCAUGAUGAUGAGACAAGACCUGAUGAGGCGUCAAGAGGAGCUGAGACGUCUGGAGGAGCUUCGCAACCAGGAGCUGCAGAAACGCAAGAAUAUAGAGAUGAGACAUGAGGAGAGUAGGCAGGAGGAGGAGAUGAUGCAGCGCCAUCGAGAGCAGGAAGAGAUGAGACGCCAACCGGACGGCUUCAAGCCAAACUAUGCGGACACGUGAAGAGAACAGGAAAUGAGAAUGGGUGCUGGCCCUCGUGGAGCCAUUAAUAUGGGAGAUGUUAACCCCGCCUCUGUUGCCGGGGCCAGUGUAAACCAGGGACCCCCCUCAAGAGGCAGCAUAGCACGGACCAGCCACCCCGAGGGAACUCCAAACAUGGGCGCACCAACACUGAUGCCAGACAAUGGAGCCAUGCUGCGCACCGAUAGGUUCCCCCAGGGGGCUCCUAAUCAGAUUGGUUCGUCCCCCAUGAGUGGCCGUCCAGGUGUUGAGUCCCCUCAGCAGCAACAGGCAGUGGGGGCAGGGCUUAUGGGGGCAGGGCUUAUGGGGGCAGGGCCUGGGCCUGCAGUGGGGGGGCCUGCAAGCUUCGGGAGGGGAAUCCCCGUUGUGGGAAACUAUGAAGGGCCUAACAACAAACGUCGCAGAUACUGAUUGUGUUAUUAUGUUUACAUUUUUUCAACGGUGUACCCCAAGGCUCAAUAUUUGGAUCUCUUGCUUUUCCUUUUUCAUUAUGUAAAAUAACUGAUUUCUUUUCUCGUCAAAUGUUUGAUUUUGUUCUUUUAAUUUGGGCUGAUUAUUUCCCUCAGCUUCUUCAUGUGUCCCGAAUGUUGACUGAGGGGGAAAAAAUUACUUUUUUUAUAUCACAAGCCAGGCCCAGUGUUGAUGCAAAAACACAAAUCUUCAAUGUUGGCCACCAAAGGCCAAUAUCAACUGUGAUGUAUCUUGAUGUAGUCAGGUCUGUAGGUAAGGUUUAGGCCAAUAUUAACUGUGAUGUAUCUUGAUGUAGGCAGGUCUGUAGAUGGCUUAUAAACUUCUGUAUGAUGUC